AUGGCAGACGAUCUCUUUAUCCAGCUCACAGCCCCCAACGGUCAGUCUUGGUCUCAGCCCAGGGGUCUGUUUAUCAACAAUGAAUUUGUGCCCUCUACCGGAGGCACUCUAUCUACCGUCGAUCCUGCCACCGAGAAGGAAAUCACCACAGUCCACGCCGCCAGUGCCGAGGAUGUUGACAAGGCCGUCAAGGCCGCACACGAUGCAUUCCACAACAAGGCCUGGAAAGACCUGGCCGCCACCGACCGCGGCAUUCUCAUGGCCAAGCUCGCAGAUCUAAUCGAGUCCAAGAAAGAGCUCUUCGCCACCAUCGACGCAUGGGACAACGGAAAGUCGUACAACGAGGCCCUCAACACCGACCUCGUCGAGGCCGUCGGCGUGAUCCGCUACUACAGCGGUUGGAGCGACAAGGUCUUUGGCCAGACCAUCUCCGUCCCCAAUAAGUUCGCCUACACGAUCCGCCAGCCCAUCGGCGUCGUCGGCCAGAUCAUCCCAUGGAACUACCCUCUCUCCAUGGCCACAUGGAAGCUCGGCCCCGCGCUCGCAUGCGGUAACACGGUCGUCCUCAAGUCAGCCGAGCAGACCCCUCUCAGUAUCCUGGUUCUCGGCAGCCUAAUUGUCGAGGCCGGGUUCCCUCCCGGAGUCGUCAACUUCAUCAACGGUCUAGGCAAGGACGCAGGAUCAGCGCUGGUGAACCACCCUCUCGUCGACAAGAUCGCCUUCACCGGCUCUACCGCUACAGCCACCCACAUCAUGAGCGCAGCAGCCAAAACCCUCAAGAACAUCACCCUCGAGACCGGCGGCAAAUCUCCCCUCCUCGUCUUCAACGACACCGACUUCGAGCAGGCCAUCAAGUGGUCGCACCUGGGCAUCAUGUCCAACCAGGGCCAAAUCUGCACCGCCACCUCCCGCAUCCUCGUCCAGUCGGGCAUCUAUGACAAGUUCGUCGCCGCCUUCGUCGAUGAGGUCAAGAAGACCAGCAAGGUCGGCCACCAGUGGGACGAGGCAACCUACCAGGGACCGCAAGUAUCCAAGCAGCAGUAUGACCGAGUCCUGUCCUACCUGGACAUUGGCCGGUCGGAGGGCAAGGUUGCCGUUGGAGGAAACAAGGCCACCGUUGGCGACGGCAAGGGAUACUACAUUGAGCCUACUGUCUUUACCGACGUCAAGGAUGAUGCUAGGAUCUGGCGCGAGGAGAUUUUCGGUCCUGUAGUCGUGAUCCGCCGCUUCGAGGAGGAGGAAGAGGCUAUCAAGAUCGCCAACGACACCGUCUACGGCCUGGGUGCAGCGGUCUUUACCAAGGAUUUGGAGAGAGCGCACCGUGUAGCCUCGGAAAUUCAGUCAGGUAUGGUCUGGGUCAACAGCAGCCAGGACUGCGAUCCCCGUGUACCUUUCGGCGGUGUGAAGAAGAGUGGCAUUGGCCGGGAGCUUGGAGAGGCCGGAUUGGAGGCAUACACCCAAAUCAAGGCCGUUCACGUAAACAUGGGCAAUAAGCUAUAA